AUGGAUAAACGGUUAUCAACCUCGGCAUUUUUAUUUUAUAUAUGUAUUGUUAUAGUGGCUAGUUCAAAAACUCGCAAUCAGGUAGUUUUGGAAAAUAACGAGUACACGAACGUCCUCAUUGCUAUUAAUAAAAACGUUACAUACGACCAAGAAAUCAUUGACAAAAUAAAGGAAAUAUUUACCAGUGGAUCUUCGAGACUAUUUGAAGCCACAGACAGUCGUGCUUAUUGGAAAAGCAUUACAAUUUUGGUCCCGAAAUCGUGGGAACAUAGACCAGAGUACGAAGUUGUCAAUACAGAGAGUUUCGAUAGGGCUAAUAUUAUAGUCGAUAUACCCAAUCCUAGAUGGGAAGACAACCCGUACACAAAACAACUUGGAAAAUGUGGAGAAAAGGGAGAGUACAUUCAUUUAACACCAGAUUACUUGCUCAAUCAAGAAUCAAGAAGUACAUCUAUAUGGGGUCCCAUGGACAAAUUGUUGGUUCACGAAUGGGGUCAUCUCCAAUGGGGCCUAUUCGACGAAUAUUCGACUGACGGAUCAGCAGCAUUCUAUGCACAUUCAAAUCAAAACGUUGAAGCAACAAAGUGUUCUCUUGCGAUCAAAGGAGAAUAUGUGAAUAUAAAUACCCAAAAGGAAUGCUAUCUGGACCCGGCUACGGGUGUUUAUCAAAGUGAGUGUGUCUUCUACCCAGACACAACUGGACAAAAGGCAACAGCUUCAAUCAUGUACGGACAAUUUAUCGAUACGGUCAAUACAUUUUGCCAUAGUGAUCCCAGCGAUCCACCGGGUUAUCACGACGUUGAAGCUCCACACAAACACAACACUCUGUGCAACUAUAAAAGUUCAUGGGACGUCAUGCUGGAAUCAGCCGACUUUAAAAAUGGCAACAACCCACCACUUCAAGGAGAUGUAGAUACAACACCAACUUUUCGUAUUGUCCAACCGACCGACAGACGGGUGGUGUUGGUAUUAGAUACGUCGGGGAGUAUGUCGGGCGAUCGUAUUCUGCAACUUUAUCAAGCUUCAAGACACUACUUGCUAUACACCAUUGACAAGGGCAGUUACGUCGGCAUAGUUGAAUUUUCAUCUUCCGCCAGCGUCUUAUCUGAACUGGUCUUAAUAUUUAAUGAAGUGUCACGAAAUAGACUAGUAGCAAAAUUACCAAUGUCCGCGAAUGGAGGGACCGCCAUAGAGUACGGUGUUUUAUUGGCAAUUGAUGUGUUAUCACGUGAUGGAGAAGAUCCAGCUGGAAGCUACCUUCUUGUAAUUAGCGAUGGGAUAAAUCAUGACCAAUAUGGCAUCAGUGGUAUUCUGGAUGACGUCAAAGACGCUGGAGUUAUCAUUGAUACAAUUGCAUUUACUAACUAUGCUGACAGUGACCUUGAAGAUCUUAGUGAUAUUUCUGGUGGAAUACCUUAUUAUUUCGACGGUAACGAUGAUAUAUCGGUCCUCAACAACGCAUUUACCGCCACCGUCACGAGUAGACCAGAUCUAAGUUCACAGGACCUUCCAAUAAUACUUUACAGUGAUGGCCUAGAGAUAAAAUCAUAUAGCACCGUCACUGACAGUGUCUAUAUCGACUCGUCUGUCGGGCUCGAGACGGUCUUCAGUUUCUCAUGGCUCAACUCUGGUAUUAAGGUAUUUUUGAAAUCACCUACUGGACAACUGGUUAAUCAGACAUUGUACAACACUGAUUAUGCAUCGAAUACUAUAACAAUCGGAAUACCCGGUAAAGCAAUGAUAGGACAGUGGGAGUUCAACGUGACAAAUACAUAUUAUUAUUCAGAUAUUGUUACUGUAAGUGUCCAGUCUAAGAAAUCAUCUGAAGAAGAACCAAUAGAAGUUGUCGCAAUUGUUGGCGAUCCAUCCGUAAACUACACAGGAAACCCAAACCCCAUCAUUUAUGCAAUGGUCACACAAAGCUAUUUACCCGUGAUCAACGCACACGUGACUGCAAUCAUUGACGGUCCGUCGAAUACUCCCAUGGAAUUGAAACUUCUUGAUAACGGAGCCAGCGCCGACAUCACCAAAGAUGACGGAGUAUAUUCAGGCUACUUCCUAGACAUAUCGGGAGAUGGUCGAUAUAGUGUAACCAUCAAAGUUGACAACUCAGCCCAGACAGCUACUGUGAACACGGCAAAAUUAACAGGCUCACUACCGAUCAAACCAGCAUCAAGAUAUGAACUUAAAAUAUCAAAAAGCUUCUCCGAACUUCAGAGAAAUUUCGUACAUGCAAGUGAAAUUACAAACGCUGACGUCAUUCAAGGAAACAUAGAAAUUGUCAAUCCAGCCGGUGUUGUCGAAAAGAUAACAGUAAAAGUGUCAGUAAGCGGACAAAAUUUAACAUAUUUUUUUGCCAUUCGCGCCCAUGACGAAUCAGGAAAUUAUGGAGAUGUUUCCAACAUUGUAUCUGCUAACAUGGAAUAUAUUCCCCCAAUUCCUGUUGAAGAAGAUGAAAAGAAAACAAUUCUUUGGGUGACACUCGGUGUCGUUUUACUCAUAAUUGUAUUUGUUAUUCUUAUUUGUUGUUGUAAAAAGAAAAACAAGGUCAAAAACAAGGUCGAAGACAACCCGGAUAGCCAGAAUAAAGAAAAUGAUCCAGACGUCAUAAUUCAUGAUACCUGA